AUGGCCGCCACGGAUGCAACAUCCACCGCCGACGAUUUCGAAGAAGAAAGCAUCAGCAAAUGGGAAUCCCUCCGCCUCAAAACCCUAGCCGAGCAAAGUUACAGUUCCUCCGACCUCAAAUUAGCUAUCAAGCACGCCAAGCGCGCACACCGUCUAUGCCCCACCCUCGACGGCGUCUCGGAAAUGCUAACCGCCUUCAAAAUACUCAGCGCCGCCGAAAAUACCACAGAAACUACUGGAACGCCUGAUUGGUACAAGAUUUUCGAAGUAGAACCUUUUUCUGACAUCAAUUUAAUUAAGAAACAGUAUAAAAAACUAGCCCUAAUUUUGCAUCCUGACAAGAACAAGUUUGUCGCCUCCGAAGAGGCCUUUAAGUUGGUAAACGAAGCGUUUAGUGUUCUGUCUGACAAGAUUAGGAGGAAAGAGUAUGAUAUGAAGCUUAGAAUCGCAAUACCAGACCGAGGCAGAGGCGGAGGCGGGAGUGGAUCCCGGAGGUGA